UUGAACCGGGCUAACAGCAUUCCCUUUUCUAUCAUUCACAUUCACAUUUCAAUUGUACUUGUGCAUUGUAAGCUCAGUUUGUUGAAAACUAUCAAGUCAUCUGUCAGUUGAUUGCUUUUUUGUCGAAAAGAACCUUUCCAAAGAGUUAAAAUGGCUCGACGAUAUGAUACACGUACCACUAUUUUUUCGCCAGAAGGACGUUUAUAUCAGGUAGAAUAUGCUAUGGAAGCUAUAAGCCAUGCUGGCACAUGUUUGGGAAUUUUGGCAAAUGAUGGCAUCCUUCUCGCUGCUGAGAGACGUAACAUCAAUAAACUACUUGAUGAGGUGUUUUUCUCAGAAAAAAUUUACAAAUUAACUAAUGAUAUGGUCUGCAGUGUAGCUGGAAUCACCUCUGAUGCCAAUGUCCUUACAAAUGAACUUCGAUUGAUUGCUCAACGCUAUCUUGCUCAGUAUGGUGAAUCAAUGCCCUGUGAGCAACUAGUGUCAGCCUUGUGUGACAUGAAGCAAGCUUACACACAGUAUGGCGGUAAGCGUCCCUUUGGAGUAUCAAUUUUGUACAUGGGCUGGGACAAGCACUAUGGAUAUCAGCUGUACCAGUCUGACCCAAGUGGAAACUAUGGUGGCUGGAAAGCCACUUGCAUUGGACACAAUAGUUCGGCUGCUGUGUCAACUCUAAAGCAGGAAUACAAGGAAGGAGAAAUGACACUCGAAGAAGCAAAGGCCUUGGCCAUCAAGGUUCUCAGCAAAACUUUAGAUUUAACCAAACUUACUUCAGAGAAAGUGGAGAUGGCAACCCUAACGAGAAAAGAUGACAAGACCGUCAUCAGAAUCCUCCCAGCGGCUGAGGUUGAUGCUCUCGUCUCAGCCUAUGAAAAGUUGGAGGCAGAGGCCGAAGCUGCUAAGCGUGAAAAGCAGAAGAGUUAGAGAUAAUCCAUUAAUUUCUUGAAAUAUUUGUUAAUUCAAAUUGCCACCUCACUAUUAAAGCUAUUUUAUAACUCAUAA